CGGCGAGGCGGAGGCGAGCGGGAGCCGCAGCGGGGCCCCCCCGCGCCCCCUUCCCCCCCCGCGCCCCCCCCCCCCCCCCGCGCCGUCGGGGCCCGCAGCCGCCGCGAUGCCCAACUUCUCCGGCAACUGGAAAAUGCGCAGCUCGGAAAACUUCGAGGAGCUGCUGAAAGCCCUGGGCGUCAACAUGAUGCUGCGGAAGAUCGCGGUGGCGGCGGCCUCCAAGCCGGCCGUGGAGAUCAAGCAGGACGGGGAGAGCUUCUACAUCAAGACCUCGACCACGGUGCGCACCACCGAGAUCAGCUUCAGGAUCGGCGAGGAGUUCGAGGAGCAGACGGUGGACGGGAGGCCCUGCAAGAGCCUGGCCCGGUGGGAGAGCGAGAACAAGAUGGUCUGCGAGCAGCGGCUGCUGAAGGGCGACGGGCCCAGGACGGGCUGGUCGCGGGAGAUGACCAACGACGGGGAGCUCAUCCUGACCAUGACUGCCGACGACGUCGUCUGCACGAGGGUGUACGUCCGGGAGUGACGGCGCCGACCCCCGGCGAGACCCCCCCCUUCACCCCGCCCCCCCCCCCACCCCCCCGGCGAGGCGGAGGGUGCCGCCGGCCCUGCGAGCGCUCGCCCCCGGCCCCCCUCCCGUUCGAUUUUACACCACGUUUUGCCAGGCCCCAUGGAAGGAGCCCCCCCGCUCCGCACUUCCCGCUCACGCGCCCCCUCCCCGGUAUUUAUUUGCUAAUAUUUUAUUGCAACACCAAACAGCUCCAGCGCGGCGGCACCACCAGGGCUCGGCAGCCCCGAACCCCCCCCGGGAACACCCCCCCUGCCUCCCUCCUCGCCCCCUUUUUAAUAAAAGCUUCCGGAGCCCC